AUGGCGAGUCCUGCAACCAUCCCGCAUUGGCGACAAGUUUUCGGCAGCGACUGCAUCACUCCCAGAGUGAAGGCAUGGAACUACGGCGGUUCUGGCACGCGUGACGAUCCGUACGUGGUUACCUGGCUGGACGACGACCCCCGUAACCCCAUGGACUAUUCUUUCGCGAAGCGGUGGACAUUGAUAAUGAUUGUCGCCCUGGCAGCUCUCAUGACAUCGCUGGCCUCAAGCGCUUACUCUGGCAGCGCGAAGGAGAUCAUGGAAGAGUUCGACUGUAGCGAGGAAGUGUAUACGCUUGGGAUCUCCUUGUUCGUGCUGGGAUUUGCAGUUGGUCCGAUUGUCAUUCAAUGCUGGGGCUGCUGGGUCACAGAACAUGCCUGCACUGCUCAUCCUGCGCUUCCUCGCUGGGGCAGUCGGCUCAAAUUCCUUGAUCAGUGCCGAGCAGUGGUUGCCGACCUCUUCCCGGCCCGGGAACGGGGCCUGGCACUGGCCUACUAUGCUGUAACGCCGUUCCUUGGGCCAACGCUCGGCCCAAUCAUGGGCGGACUCGUUGGCGAAACACUUGGAUGGCGCUGGAUAGAAGGCCUUCUUGCUGUGUUCACUGGUGGACUUAGCAUCGUCUACUUCCUCACCGUACCUGAAACAUACGCACCAGUCAUCCUACAACGACGAGCGAAGCGGCUCUCUGAGCUGACAGGCAACGAGUAUCGCUCCGUGAUCGACGUCAAGCAGGGUCGCAAGUCCUUCGCCAGAACAAUGAAGAUCUCGCUCUCCCGACCGUGGGUCCUCCUAUUCGUGGAGCCGAUCGUCACCGUCCUCAGCGUAUAUCAGGCCAUUGUUUAUGCGACUCUAUACAUGUGCUUUGCGGCAUUUCCGAUCGUCUAUCAAGAAGGGCGAGGCUGGUCUCCAGGUGAGGGGGGUCUGGCAUUCCUUGGAGUCACCGUCGGCAUGAUUGCCACCAUCCCGUACAACAUUUGGACGAACAACCGGUAUGCGAAGCUGAGCGACCAGCAUCAUGGGUUUGCUCCGCCGGAGACGAGGCUACCACUGUGCAUGGUCGGAGCUAUCACUGCCCCAAUUGGUCUUUUCUGGUUUGCCUGGACGAAUGGCCCCGAAAUUCAUCCGCUGGUCUCGAUUGCAGCCGGUGCGCCGUUUGGAUUGGCGUUGGUGCUUAUUUUCCAAGGCAUCAAUAACUAUCUAGUCGACUCUUACACCAUCUUUGCCGCAUCAGUCUUGGCAGGGACGGCGGUCCUCCGUAGCGUCAUGGCCGCAGCAUUCCCACUCUUCACAGCGCAGAUGUGUGGGCGCCUAGGCAUACACUGGUCGGCCAGUGUACCUGCGUUCCUCAGUCUUGCCUUCGCUCCAUUUCCUUUCCUGUUGGCGAGGUAUGGACCAUCGAUUCGCGAGCGUUGCAGAUAUUCGGCAGAGGCUGUGGCGUUCAUGAAGGAGUUGCAGAGGCAGCCGCAGAGCGCUCCGGAGAUGGAUGGAGAUCGCACACCCGGCGGCAGUCUUGAGAGCCCAGUUGAGACCAAGGAGUAUGCAAAUCUUGGGACAAUUGAGCAGAGGUAG